ACAAGAACAGUGUUAUCACCGCAGAAGGGGGCUGCUGAUCCGAUCACUGAUGGAAAUGAGAUGAGUUUAGUGCAGUUGAGGAAAGUGAAGUCUGAUUCCUCUGAUGCAUUGGUUGACAUCAAAAGUUAUGGCCGGUUGAGGAAGGUGAAAUCUGAGACAGGUAAUUCACUUGCAUUGCAGCUGGUGAGAGCAAAGACAGCUGUAGCAAGAACGGUUGGUGAUGAUGCAGACUUUGACGUCGGUGAGUCGAACAAUGAUCUUGGAGGAGUUGAGAAGAGCCCAGUUGGGAUUGAUGAGUCAAGAUCUGAUGAAGAUUGUAAAGUGCUUAGUGUGUGUGAAGAGAAGGCAACCACAGGCAAUGCAGAUCAAAUCAUUGGGACUCCACACGAUGUUAAUUAUGUCGAUAGUGAAGAGGAUGAAGAAGUUGAUAAGGGAAUUGAACCGGAGAAGGAGAGUCUCGACGUUAAAGAAAUAAACAUUAACGUCGACGAGCAGAAGAAGCCUGUGAUUGAGGAAAAGAAAUCAGUUCACAGCAAUGAAAAACCAGUUCCAAUUUCACCUACUGUGAAGAAACAGGCUCCUCCUGCUCUGAAUCAUGCCAGAAUUCAACCAACUCCAACAACAACCUAUCCAAUUCCAGUUUCAGACCAUUUCAAUGACAUUCCAAGCACUCAUAGCAAACUUCAAAGUUUUGUCAACCUAAUAAUGUGGAGAGAUGUAUCAAAAUCAGCAUUCAUCUUUGGCAUUGGAGCAUUUCUCAUCAUUUCCUCCUCAAUCUCCAAGGAUCUCAACAUAAGCAUUGUUUCUGUGCUUUCCUACAUUGGCCUUGUCUAUCUUGCUGCAGUUUUUCUUUUCAAAUCCCUCAUCAGCAGGGGAGGGAAUGCUGAUAUGGAUGAGACAGAGGAAGAGUGUGUUGUUGGUGAAGAAGAAGCAGUUUGGGUAGUAAGAGUGGUACUGCCUUAUGUGAACGAGUUUCUUGUGAAAUUGAGAGCCCUUUUCUCUGGGGAUCCAGCCACCACUAUCAAGUUGGCAGUGAUUCUUUUCAUUUUGGCAAGAUAUGGAGGUUCCAUUACCAUCUGGAAAAUGGCCAAAUUGGGCUUUUUCGGAGUAUUUACUGUACCAAAAGUCUGCUCUUCCUACUCCUCUCAGUUAACCGCAUACGGUACAUUUUGGAUCGGACGGGUGGGAGAGAGGUGGGAGUCAUGCUCCCACAAGAAAGCAGUAGGGUUUGGAGUCUUCACACUUGUCUGGAAUCUGUCGUCAGUGGUUGCCCGAAUUUGGGCAGUCUUUGUAUUAUUUGUUGCAUUUAAGUACUAUCAUCAACACCAGCACUCCAGCAUCAAAGACGACGACGUAUCAGCCGCCACUACAACCAAUUCAACUUCUCAUUACAAAAGUGAAGGCCGAACGUCCUCUGCUAUCACACACAUCAAGAAACAAAACAAGGUCUGCUGAAUUGCUACUUGCCUUUGUACAUAUUCAUUCAUACAUAUACAUAUAUAUAUAUAUAUUCGUGUGUGUUGUGCGUGUUUUUCUUCCAAAUUAUAUGAGUAUAUAGACAGGAAUAAUUAAUGUACGAGCCUCUUUUUUGUGUUAGGACCA